AUGCUCACCUCUAGCCGAGCUCCUUUCUAUGGCAUCGUCCUGGGUAACGUGGCUACACCACUCGGGUCAGUGGUUUUGCCAGUCACCUUUGGGACCAAAGAUAACUACCGCAUCGAGUACAUCAAGUUCAAGGUGGCGGACUUCGACUCGUCAUCUCAUGCCAUCCUUGGCAGACCGGCACUAGCCAAAUUCGUGGUCGUGCCCCACUAUGUCUACCUACUACUUAAAAUACCGGGCAAGACAGACGUACUCACACUCCACGGCGACCUCAAGAAGUCGUACGACUGCGACCAAGAAGCGAUCGAGUACACCACAACAUCACGCGUGCCAGAGCCAUCUGCAAAAGUACUCGCGGCAACACACAAGCUGACCAACUCAGAGAUGGAGAUCUCCAACCAGUGA